GUCGUUCACCAGACGCGGGACGGUGCGGACAUACCAAAAAGCUUUCGUCUAACUUUAAGCCCUACCGUUAAAGUUUUGUUUCACAUUUGUUAAACUGUGGUUUUUUCUCUUACCGGACGUCCUGCUGUGUCAUCUCUCUCAGCCACACAAAUUGUUUGCGUCAUUGUUUUUCCCGCGUUUUGAUUUGAGUGUUGAGUAGAAACUGUCAUGAAUGACAUUGGCCGGCAAGAGUUGGUGCGGCGAAACGAAUGAUGGAACCUCCUCCUCCUUGGCCGUGUCUAUUUGAUUAUGCAUCAUCGGCGAUGAUGGAAUCGACUCAACUGGACAAACAGAAUUCGAACGGGCAGAGAAGAAGUGGCGACCGCUCGACUGGGGCGGCUGCUCCCAGCAGGACCUCAACGUCCCACCAAGAAUCCUCGGUGAAGAAUUGUAGCCGACCACUUCAUCUCACUCUCAAAAAAUCUCCCCUCGUUGUCAGCUGCUUCCUCCUCGUUCAGCUCAUCUCGUCGGUUCAUCUCGCCACAGGAAAGUCUGCGACAGCCACGGGCUCGACGACGGAAUGUCCCCGUCUACUCGGAAUGAGCUCCGGAUCUAUCCAAGAUUGGCAAAUUGCAUCCAGCUCCCAGUGGACAGGCGUGGGCGAACUCGUCGAGUUCGGAGGUGGCAGCAGCAGCAGCAGCACUGGCAGUGGCGGGAACGCCUUUAACAGCCAGGGCGGUUCGUGCCAACCGAAAUACGCACGGCUUUAUCAGAGCGGAAACAAAGCCUGGUGCGCAAAGCAUCGAUCCGUCGGCGAAUGGAUCCUAGUAGAUUUGGGUGUUAUAUCGCAGGUCACUGGAGUGAUGACGCAAGGACGAGAGGAGGCAGACGAAUGGGUAAGCGCCUACAGCAUCUCCUACAGCGCCGACGCUUUCAAGUGGAGUUACGUCGUCGACGGCUACGGAAAUCGACGCGUCUAUCGCGGCAACGUAGACGCUUCCAGCGUCCGCUACAACUUGCUCGACCCGCCGCUGCAAACGCGCUUCGUCCGGCUGCACGUCAUUGAAUGGCGAGGGCGGCCCAGUCUCAGACUGGAAAUCGUCGGCUGCCAAGAAUGCAACCAAGUCAUCACGGAAUCGCCCAACGUCAAAUUAACUUCCAGUUCCGUCCCGACGGCCGCCAAGAAGCACAGUUGCCAGCCAGACUCUGCUCACCUAUUCAGCCACACGGGAUGGUGCGCUAAGAAGCAAGACGCGGAUCAAUGGAUCCAAUACGACUUGGGUCCGCCCAGACAGAUUACGGGCGUCGUGACAAGAGGCCACGGUGGAUGGGAGAGCAAACAACGGCACCACGUCUCCUGGGUCAGCUCCUACACCCUGUCGUACAGCAACGACACUCUCCUGUGGUUCUCCUACCGCGAUGGCAACCACCUGGAUCCCAAGAUCUUUGGCGGAAACAUGGACGGAGAGACCGAGCGACGACACUACCUCAAUCACCCGUUCAGUGCCCGUUACGUCCGUCUUCAUCCGUUGACCUGGCGGCACGGCAUCGGCUUACGCGCAGCCCUGCUGGGCUGCCCUCACAAAGCGGGAAGCGACUGCGGGCCGGGAUUCUUCCACGUCAACGCCGUCUCCGGAUGCAUGGAAAAUUUGGCCUAUCACCACAAUACGUGGCUGAAUGACAAGCGCCAUCUGUGGAAAGAUUGGAAAUACGGACGGGCGUCUUUGGCGGUGGACGGCGAUUCGGACGCCAGCCUCCAUCGCUGCGCCAUCCUGGACAACUACUUUGUGGAAAACCCCGUCUGGAUGGUCGAUCUGGGCAAGAAAAGUAACAUCAACGGCGUUGUUAUUGCCACUUGGCAGGGCAAAGGUCAAGAAUUUCAUUUAUCGGCAGACAAAACGGCCACUUACCGCGACUACCAGACCAACUUGGAGAAACUCACCGUUUACGUCUCCAAUAAACCUCGUCUCGAGACAGCUGAUUUACUGGCGGAGGCAUCUUGUGGCCAGGUCAGUCGCAGUAAUGACAGUCUCUUCCAACCACGUAUCCACAUCCAGUGCCAAGAGGAUCUUCGAGGUCGCUAUCUCUACAUCCGAGCUUCGGCCGUGGCCAACCGCAAGGCCCGCCUCUUCUUCUCCGUUCUGUGCGAAGUUAUGGUCUACUAAAUAAUAAUUAUUAUAACAAUUACACAAUCUCUCGACACGCUUUGUUUUCCCUUCUUCUUUUGCUGCUCCCUUUCUCUUCGUCUUUCGACUCUACUCCGGCAUUCAAAAUUAUCAGCUAUAUCUCUGUUUUCACCUUUAAAAAAAAAGAACAACCAAUUUUUAAGGCUUCCGGGUUUUCUUCGGCGUUCCAUUGGCGUGUAAAUAUACCUCGCCCAAAC